ACAGCAAUAUGUGGCCUCAUGUCCCACCUGGAUUACUGCAACUGUUAGAACUGCCCACAAAACCCUGGACGCACGUGUCCAUGGACUUCAUGACAGGAUUGCCAGCUGGCGCAUCCCAAAAUGAUGCUGUACUCAUGGUCGUUGAUCGACUCACAAAAAUGGCUCAUUUCAUGCCAUGUCGAACGACAAUCACAGCGAGCAAACUGCCAAGCUGUUCAUCUCAACCGUCAUUCGCCUGUUUGGAAUCCCGAAGGCAAUCGUAAACAAUCGUGACCCCACAUUUACGUCC